CCGAGUAGAACAAGAAUUUUUAUUCAAAAUGGUGGAGAAAAUUCUGACGAUGGCGAAAAUAAAUCAGUGUGACUGUGUCUGUGGGUAAACUCUCUCCUCCAGAAUAAAUGUAAUUGGACCAUUCCCAGAAAUUUUGAAUAUGCCUGCUCCAAGUAUUAUUGUGGACGAGACCGAUGUGGUCAGACUGGUAUCAGAAUUUUUGCACAACAGAGAUCUGAAUAUUUCUAUGCUUUCGGUAGAAAGAGAAACGGGUAUCAUCAAUGGCGAAUUUUCUGAUGACAUGUUAUUUCUUAGACAGCUGAUUUUAGACGGUCAAUGGGAUGAUGUUAUCGAUUUUAUCCAACCUCUGAGUUCCGUUGAGACUUUCAACUACACAAAAUUUCAGUACAUCAUUAUGAAACACAAAUAUCUUGAGCUUUUAUGCAUCAAGUCAGAACCAAGUGUAAUGCAGAAUUAUGAUUUCACCGUAGAAGAGGUAGUUAAAUGUCUGAACAGUUUAGAAAGCUUAUGUGUUUCUAAAGAAGAUUACAAUAACUUGUGCUUGCUUUUAACAAUUCCCAAAAUUUCUGAUCAUCCGGAAUACCAGAAUUGGAAUCCAAGUAAUGCCAGAGUGAAGUGUUUCCGAGAUGUAACCCCCCUUGUGGAGAAGUAUCUUACACCCAUGGAUCAAUCCAAAAAGAAUGCAAAAACAGCUGAGGAUGACAGACUUCUUCAGCUAGUGCUGAAGGGCAUUCUUUAUGAAUCUUGUGUUGAGUAUUGCCAGCAGAGAGCAACCAGCUCUGAGGCAUGUGAUGAAAUGACAUUUCCUGCUCUCCUCACAAAUUCUGGAUUUAGUGAUGCUGAUCUUAGUUUGAUUUCCUGGUUGCAACACAUACCAAACGAAACAUUCUCUUGCCCCUUUGAGCAGAAAUCAUUGAAAUUUGACAUAAGACAGUUAGUAAAACCAACUUUAGAAGCAUCAUGGUCAGAGCAAAUUCUAGUGACCCCUAUCAAACCCAAGCUGUUUCCUCAUUCAGCUGUUCCCAACAUGAGACCAAGGUCUGCAGAUGUCAUGACAAGAUCUUUAAACCCACAGUUUGAUGGCUUGAGUCGAGGGCUCUGGCAGGGGGGAAGGAAGAACAUGUCUGCCUCGGUCAGUGGAAGCAGCACACUGUCACAGUCCAUGUCUGUUGUGUCUGGCAUUGGUCUGAAUAAUGCUUUAAAAGACCCCAUGCAGAUGUCGAUGGAUAAACUGUUUUCAGAAGGAGAGAUGGUGAACACUCAAAGUUCGACAGUAUUGGAGGAAAAUUCUCCAAGACAGAAAGUUGAAGAAGGAAAGCCUCAGACAAAUAAAAACCUAAACCUGAAUGAUGAGACAAAGCCAACUCCACCUGUUGCAACUAUAGCCCCACAAGACAAGUUACAGAACAAAAAUAAUCCCAAGCCAACUGUUGAUGAAGAAAUGAGCAAGUCAUCCACAGAACUGUUAAAGGAAUUUCAGCGGCAGAAACAGGUGUGUAGAGAACAGAUAGAGAUAUAUGAGCAACAGCGAGAGAAGAUGCUGAAGGAGCUGAUGACGAUUGAAAGCAAGACCAGCAUGAUUGACAACAGAGAGGGACCGGCCACACAGGAGCAGACAGAGUCCAUUUUCCCACAAAAUCCAGGCUCGCAUUCAAAUCAAACUAACAAUGUUUCACACAUAAACCAGACAAACAAGCUCAAUAGUAAACCUGUUCAAAAACAUUCAAACAGUCCCACAAAUGUCAACACAGUAAAUUCUCAGACUGUCCCAACACCAAUCCCUGAUGUUAACCCUGUCUGUAACAGACAAACCAGCCCUGUGACACACCCUGUAACACACAUCUACCAAGUAGACAGUCUGGCCAAUACCCCCACCUGUGAGUUUGUGGUUGGGGGUCACGAGCUAGGGUCAGACAGGAGCAUUCUGACCCCGGUCAAUGUUGAGGAAACCAGCAAAGUAAACCCUCCACCAAGCCCUAACACAUUACCCAGAGAAUCAGCACCUGUCAUAGACUCAUCAAGACAGCCAGAGCCUACAGCUUUAGCCUCUGUCACAGGCCGUUCUACCACCCACUCCACUAAAUCUGUCAAAGCUAAAGCCACACCCAAUACCCAAGGCAGUCAGGGUAAGCCUGCUACCAGCAGAAAAACAAGCACACCUGCAACUGCAGGUAGAGAAAAAUGUGCAGACUCAAAACCUACAAAGACAACAGGUUCAAAAUCCUUGGGCCGCGGGACUGCCACAAGGCCCACAACUCUGACCCCUGGAGGUCUGGGUAGAGCCAAGAGGGCGCCAGUGCCCAGUAAAGACAAUAAGCCCGCUGUUGUUGGGGGAGUGGGAACCAAACCAAUUGGACCAGUAAUAUCUCAGAGCCCCAAAAAGACACCCAGACCCAUCAGCCAGAUUGAUCUUGAGGACCAGAAGAUGUCCCGUCCUAAGUUUGUCCCGAUCUGUCGUCUGGAGGACCCCCAGGCUAUCCGGACGGUGGCCUUCCAUCCCUCUGGAACCAUGUUCGCUGUCGGAUCCAACUCCAAGACCCUGCGGGUCUGUGCCUUCCCAGAUGUUUCCAAUCUCAGUGAGACUCACGAGACGUUUGAGACACAGACCAUGUACACAAAGCACAAGCACCACAAGGGCUCCAUCUACUGUGUGGCCUGGAGCCCCAUGGGGGAUCUACUGGCCACCGGCUCCAACGACAAGACCAUCAAGAUGUUCCAGUACAACAUGGACAUGAACGCACAAGGGCCUGAAAUGGAGUUAUCCUUUCAUGACGGUACAGUACGAGACAUGGUCUUUAUGCAGGACACAAUAAAUCGGUCGUCUCUGUUGAUCAGCGGAGGGGCAGGGGAUUGUAAGAUCUACGUCACAGACUGUGAGACUGGCAUGCCUGUACGAGCAAUGGCCGGACACUCGGGUCAUGUGUAUGCCCUUCAUUCCUGGGGUGGCUGUAUGUUUGUCAGUGGAUCAGCAGACAAGACGGCCAGGUUCUGGGACCUCCGAGCUUCCACCGCAAUCACUGUUGUUCCUAGCUCCACUGGGAGUGCUUUUGCCUCAGUAUGUGUGGACCCCUCGGGGCGCCUCCUGGCCUCAGGCCAUGAAGAUGGCAGCGUGAUGCUGUAUGACAUCAGAGGGUCGAGAGGGAUCCAGAGCUUCCGACCCCACUCUGGGGAGUGUCGCACAGUCCGAUUCUCAAUGAACGCUUUCUAUCUGCUGACUGGCUCAUAUGACAAGAAGAUCAUUAUGACUGACAUGCACGGCGACCUUCUUCGACCCCUACCCAGUGUGGUGGUGGCAGAACAUGAAGACAAGGUCAUUCAAUGUCGAUGGCACCCAAGUCAGCUGGCCUUUAUCAGCUCCAGCGCUGACCGACAUGUAACCUGCUGGGGACUUCCUGUUGUCUGAGCCCCCCAACCACCCAAGAACUGCUAUAUAUAUGGCUUUAUCUGAACCAAUUUGUACAGUGCUUUAUGUUUGAACUUUAAACCAUGUUCAUAUGUUUGCAGAUAUACAAUAGAUUUAUAGAUAUUUUAUGAAUCCAAUAAUUUCAUGUCUGGUUAUUGCAAAAUACAUGUUUACUCACAUUCAUGGACUUUGAACUUCAAAACACCAUAAACCAAGAAUUAUUCAAGUGCAAUAAAUAUUGGUUAGAUUUGAAGCAAUAUACAAAAAGUACUUCUGGAAUUAAAAAAGAAUUAAUACUUGCUUGCAAAAAUUAAUCAUUGCAGAAAAGUUAUCAACUUGCCAGAAAAAAAAUUGUAUAAAAAUUAGGUUUAUACAGUUUUUAAGUGAAACAAAAUUGGGUGCUUUGAUAACAAAAGUACAAUGCACAAGUCAGUGAAAGAAAAUUAAGAAAAGGAAAGCUUUGAACUUGCUGGUGUUUUGAGUUCAAAGUACGUGGAUGGGCAAACUUUGGUAAAUAUUAUUGUACAUAGGAGAUAUAUAGUUUGUGCACAUUGUAAACUUUCAAGAGCUUUUAUAUAAAAACAUUUACACAACCAGUGUGCACUGCCAUGAUUAUUUUAUGAUUAUGUUUACUGGUAAUUAUUUCAUUUCUUUUGGAAUUUAUUCUUUGUGUUUAUCAAGUUUUUCUUGACGUAUAUAUAUCAGUAAGCAAGAACUUACUGAACUGGUUAUUGAAGAGAAAGAAAGAGAGGAGAGAGAGGCUGGAAGUUUGACUACUUUACACUUCUAAAGCUUGCUUACAAUGAUGUACAGAUUAUUUUUACAUGUUUCUGAAGCACUUGUAUAUAUUUUAAGCAUUAUGGAGGUUUUUAUACAGUUGUAUAAACCAGUGCCAUUAUAUCUAGUCAAAUACUUUUAUGUGUUACUUCAUGCAAGUGAUAUUUUUUGUGUCAUGUCGCCAUUUAGCAGUUUAUCCUUUAAGUACUUAAAUUGUGGUAUCAUGGUUUUGUUUGCUUGUUUACAGCUAUUUUCUUACCAUACAAGGUUUCUGUUGUUUACACAAGUAAACAACUGUACAAAUGAUUCUGUCCCCAAAUAUUUAGUCUGUGAUGCUGACAAGUUGGGUAUUAUAUUUACAGAUUUUGUUUUCUCUUUUUUUUUGUGAUGGCUUUCAUUCCGCCCAUUAUUUUUCUUUUGGUUGGUUUUUCCUCCCCUGUGAAGAUUUUUUUUAUUUUAUUUAUAUUAUAUUUCCCACCAUUAUUACCCGUUUAUAUAGACUGUAUAAAGAAUAGAGUUCCAUUAUACAAAUAUAUUCCUAUGUGUUGUGAAAGAUAAAUACAUGUAUUCACAUUAUACAUAGUAUAGUAUCUCGCUAUUUAUUGUACUAUUCUUACUUAUCUGUAGAUCUGAGAUUUGUACACAUGUAUUGUGCAUCUAUUAUCUGUAUCACACUCAGAAGAGGACAAGUCCAAACUUGUUUCUGAAGAUUCAUGGAUGUAGGAUUUUGAUGAAAAAAUAUAAAAAAUGUUUAUUUAGAAAAAAUUAUAUUCAAAGAUUUGCAAAAAAAGACCAUUACAUGGUUUGAAAGAUCAAUGGCUUUUAGAAUAUCAAUUGAUAGAUUCAGCUUGACCUUUUGUGUACAAGUUUGGCUCUGUACCUGACAGUUUAAAAAAAAAACCAAGAUUUUGAUGUAAAUUCAUAUACUGAGUGAAACUUAUUUGUAGAUAUCACUCACUUGUAUUGCUAAAUCAAUCUAACAAAUGCAACAUGUAAUUUCAAACUUUAUAACUUAAUAAUGAUUAAUUAGGAUACAGUAACAAAAAUUUCGAAAUUAACUAGUGGGAAGAACAUUAAUUUCAUUUUUCACCCUAUUUCUGUUACAUUUUUAGCUUUGCUUUACAAUGUACAUUUUUGAAAAUAUAAAUUCAACUUUUGUACAUGAAUAGCUUUUGUCACAGAGACAGAUUUGCUAGGUACGGGACUGAGUUAGGCUUCGCAUGUUCAGCUCAUUCUUUUGAUGUUACUGUCUUUGCAAACUUUUUUCAAAUUUUCUUGCAGUAAAGGUAGAAUAAACUCCACAAGAAUUA